AUGCUACUAGAUUGUAAGGCUCGUAAAGAUGUGAAAGAGGCUCUUCACCGGCGCCUAUUCAAAAACAAUCAAAUAGAAGCUCUUGUACCGGACAAAAGGGGGAAAAAACUUACUAUCAAGGAAAGAGCUCAAUAUUGUGCAAAAACUGAAGAUGUGUGGGAUAUUUGGUUACAUGCUUUAGACUUAGCUGUUCCAAAAAAUAAUACAGAUGAGGCGAUUGUGGCGGCCAGUUCCUGUUUAUCGCAAUUUUGUAAAGAAUUAGUAGAAGCUGGAGUUGAUCCUGAGCAAAUUAAUACAUAUGCCAAAUUACCAAAUAUUAAUCGAGCUUCUAACAAAAUUCAGAAGAGAAAACUUGAACUGGGAUUAAUCAGUCGACCUAAAAUGCCUAAACACUUCUCUUUAGAAGAGGGGCUUAGAAGACUUCAGAAUAUCCGUACCACUGAGACCCCCACUCUAUAA